GUCCUCCGCGGUUUCCUCCUCUUUACGCCAUCUUGCGCAAAGUGUGGUGUUCUCUCACGAGCUAAGGGCGCAAUCCGCCGACUCGCACUUAAACCAAGGCCCAUCCGUACAAAUUCUGUACGCAGUCUUGUUCAUUAGAACACAAGGAAUAUUUCUGUGUCGAAAGUUUGGUUAUCCUGACCGAGAAUGGCGUCUACAUCCGAGCUCGCCUGUGUGUACAGUGCACUCAUCCUCCACGACGAUGAUGUGGCGAUUACUGGUGAGAAGAUCGAGACCCUGAUCAAGGCCGCCAACGUGGACGUUGAGCCCUUCUGGCCGGGUCUGUUCGCCAAGGCCCUGGAGGGUUCGGACAUCGGGGCUCUCCUCUCCGCUGUCGGGUCCGGCGGUGGUGGCGGCGGCGCGGCUGCACCUGCGGCUGGCGGCGCAGCUGAUGCACCUGCUGCAGCCAAAGAAGAAGAGAAGAAGAAGGAAGAAUCUGAGGAAGAAGAGAGUGAUGAUGACAUGGGAUUCGGACUCUUCGACUAGAUCCAUUGCGUCAACAUCCAUCGAUAAAUGGAACUACAAAAAUAUCCAUACAUGCUUCAUACUCCUUUGUGUAUCUGACAUGUACAGUGUGCCCUGGAAUGUUGUUUUAUCUCACCAAGGUUUUCCUGCUAUUCUGCAUACAUGAAAAAGUAAAAGCUGUAUGAAAACAAGAAAA